CACCCGGAAGCUCGCGGACCUGCGGCGCUGAACCCCGCCGGCCCGGGGGCGGCGGAAGCACAGCCCGGGCGGAGGCCGGCUGUGCUCACAGGUGGGCGGCAGCGGAGAGCGAAGCCGAGGUCCCCGAGACUCCAGUCAUUGCGCCCGGAGCCCCGCGGAGCAGAGAUCCCGGAGCCACGUCCGCGCCCCGGGAGAAGCCGACCCUGCUCCUCUCCGCCUCGGCCUCUUUGGCUGCAGCCGCACCUCGGCUCCGGGGCACAGUGACAGGUGGAAAUGAAGGGCAGUGUGAAGCCAGUGAAGAAAACCAAAGCGGAAGAACCUGAAUUGGAGCCCCUGUGCUGCUGCGAGUACAUAGAUCGAAAUGGGGAAAAGAACCACGUGGCUGCUUGCUUGUGUGAUUGCCAAGAUCUGGACGAAGGGUGUGAUAGAUGGAUCACGUGUAAGUCCGUGCAGCCUGAGACCUGUGAAAAGAUCAUGGACACAAUCUCAGACCGCCUCCGGAUUCCUUGGCUUAGGGGAGCCAAGAAAGUUAACAUUAGCCUCCUUCCCCCACUGUUCCUGCUGCCUGUCUUCCUCCGUGUGGCUUCCUGGCAUUUCCUGCUGGGGGUGGUGGUUUUGACCUCCCUCCCCAUGCUGGCUCUGUGGUACUACUACCUCACUCACAGAAGGAAAGAACAGACUCUGUUUUUCCUGAGCCUCGGACUGUUCUCCCUGGGCUACAUGUACUACGUGUUCCUGCAGGAAGUGGUCCCCAAGGGGCGUGUGGGGCCCACUCAGCUGGCUCUUCUUACCUGCGGGUUAUUGCUCAUCCUCUUUGCCUUGUACAGAGCCAAGAAGAAUCCAGGCUACCUCAGAAACCCAGCACACAGCGACAGGGCUCUAAGUGGCAGCCAGGUUGAAUGCCUGAACAGAAAAGGGCCUGAGAAGACCAAGGGGUUCCCCAGCGCAGAUCUGUCGGGCAGUCUCAACAACCGCGCACCCAAGGAUGAGACUAAGGACUCCCCGAGGACAUCGGCCGGAAGCCCGGCCAAAGGGAAGGAGGACUGGUGCACCAAGUGCCAGUUGGUGCGGCCAGCCCGGGCGUGGCACUGCCGGAUCUGCGGCAUCUGUGUGAGGAGGAUGGAUCAUCACUGUGUCUGGAUAAAUAGCUGUGUCGGAGAAUCAAACCAUCAAGCAUUUAUACUUGCCCUUUUGGUCUUCCUGCUCACCUCGGUGUAUGGGAUAACACUGACCUUGGACACCAUCUGUACAGACAGAAGUGUCUUCACAGCUCUCUUCUAUUGCCCUGGAGUAUAUGCAGAUUACAGCUCGGCUCUGUGCUUCACUUGCGUGUGGUACUCUGUGAUCAUCACGGGGAGCAUGGCCUACAUCUUCCUGAUCCAGCUGAUAAACAUCAGCUACAACGUGACCGAGAGGGAGGUGCAGCAGGCCCUGCGACAGAAGACGGGGCGCCGGCUGCUCUGCGGGCUCAUUGUGGACACAGGCCAGUACAAUCGGGGCUUCCUGCGGAACUGGCACCAGUUCUCCACCUUGGGCGUGCACCCCUUCCACCACCCUGCCGAGGACAUUGUCUGAAGUGCCUUCUGUAUGGCUCCAGGGGUGAGGGGGUGGCUCCUCCCUCUGCUUCCUUGCGUCGGACACUUUGGUACACACACGAUGCUCAUGUUUAUCCCUUGAUUCCUACAGGCAUUAUAGGGCCAUGCUCAGGUUUAGGCGCUGGACUGGGAAGAAAUGAAUUUUUCUGACUUCAUAACUUAAAAGAGAUUUUUAUAUCAAAGAGGUAAAAGUAGAGCCAUUCCUUUCCAGUCACCUUACCAACGAACUAAGUCACCAUAAGUUGUGGAUUGCUAAUGCACAAAUGGAUAGAAGCAGUUCCACCCAUUACUGUGGGGGAAAGAGCCUUGGAUUAGGAGAGUUUCUAGUCCCUCCUUCAAUUCUGAAUAGCCAUGCGACCCUCAGUCAAGUCCCUUCGCCGAGUCUCAGGUUCAUCUGUCAAGUCGGUACUGUUGCCUGCCCUGGCUACCUCACAGAGCGGUUGUUGGGGUGCGGGGGUCCCGUGAGGGAUGAGGUAUGUAGAAAACAUGGAAAAACAACUAAAGCACCAGAGAGGUAUGAGGUAUUAUUAGGAGAAUCCUAAGACUGGAAAAAAAUAUUUGUAGGUUGGAAUAUUGAAGCUAGUAUUAUUAGAGUAAUCCAUUUUCAGCAUUUCAGAGUGAAAAACAGAUCCUCAAAUACCAUGUUGGACAGUUAGGGGAAUUUCUCUUUCUGAAGUAUUAGAUGUUAACUACUCACAGAUGACCAGAUGGAUUUAUGCUAUCAUCUGAUAUUGAAAGGACAGUUGAUGAUUUUAAGCAUAAUUAUUACUAGUAUAAUGUACAGUGGUCAUGAGUUUAGGUGAUGCAUUCUUAUAUUUAUCUUACUUCUUAUGUAUUUAUUCUGUUUGGAUUUACUCCAGAUAACUCCAGUAGGCAUCCAUGUUUUUUUCUUCCCAUGUUUUGCCUGAUCAGGUGCUUGCACACUUGUGACAAUGACUGGACAAGAACAGACACUCCUAUGGGAAACAGUUCACUCUCUUCCUGGGUAGGGUGGCUGGUUAUACCAAGGGCUUGACGUUUUUGUUCACGUAAGUAAUACAGAUACUGUCAGUAACAGCACUAAGUUGCAAAAACCAGUCUUUUGGCAUUCACAUUGUUCUGGCAUGAGCUCUUUUUGAGUGACUGAUUGAUGUCUUCCCACUUAACUUGCACCUUCUUCUCAUUCACCUUUCCCAAGAUAAAAGUGUCUCACUGGGAGAGAAGAAACAGGGUAUAUGUGGUUUCCACUAAUUAAUAGAUUACUGUUCUUCCCUAGUUCUUCCUAAAUUGUUUCUUUAAUCAUAUUUCAAAAUGGAAAAUGUAUAAAGGAUUAACUAUUUGGCAUGGGCCCAUUCUGCCAUAGAAUUAAGAUGAGGCAACUGAUUUCACGUGGGGAAAAUACAACUCUUGAAAUACUUGGUUUUGUACCUGUACUUCUUUGUAGAACCCCAAAGAAUUCAUGAGUCCUUAAAUUUGCCUUGGCUUAUAGCUUAACAUAGGAAAAAUAUUGCCAGCUUUUUCAGUCUUUCUGUGUGUGCUGCUGUAGCAAGAGGUUUAUAAAGGUCGAGAGGAAAUAUUGCUACUUCUACAACUCUGCCCUCUGCAGCUGGCACCACCCCUAGCCCUGCCAUUAAUCAAGGCUCUCCUCAAGACACACACCACAUUUUUAUACAAGCUUGUCAUUGCUUUCCCCAGAGAUGGACUGUUUAAUGAACGAUGGACUCCAUAUUACAUUGAUGAUGAGCCAAAGAGCAAGUCUGGGGAUGUUAGCAGUCUGUGGUUUGUACAGUAAUGCCCUAUCCCUGGCCCAGAAUCAGGCAUUCAUUUGGAAUUCAUUGGAUUUGAUAUAACUAAUUCCUUUGUGUAUGGGUUGGAGAUAAGAGAGAGUAAUAAUGUCAAGGACAGCACACGUGGCCAGAAAUCUCUGAUUGUAGUCUCUUGAAUGCCAGAUUCAUAGCCAACUCAGAUUGCUUAGCAAUUGAUAAUAAUAAAAUUCACAGAAAUGUUAGGAUAGUCCGUAAUCUUGGCCUCUGGCCAAAUCUUUAGCAGCAACGAAAAUACAUUGUGCUGAAGAUGUGCCUGUGCUCAGAGGCUCAGUUGUGUCCCUUUUGUGACCCCAUGACUGUAGCCCCCCAGGCUCCUCUGUCCAUGGGAUCCUCCUGGCAAGAAUACUGGAGUGGGAUGCCAUUUCUUCCACCAGGGGAUAUCCCCGACCCAAGGCUCACAUCUGUGUCUCUUACAUCUCCUGCAUUGGCAAGGAGAUUUUUUACCACUGGUGCCACCUGGGAAGCCCCCGGCUGAAGAUAAAGAUGAAGAUGGUCUUUACUCAAAAGACCAAACUCAUUUGGGAGAAUGAAGAAUGAUCACCAUCUUUAUAACACACCCCCAAUAGGGUUACCUGGAUGGGCAAUUCACUGUUUCCCCUCACUCAGAUAAGGACUUUUUUUGCAUAUUAUUUUGGCUGAUUGGAAUUAAGGUGCUUGUUUGAAGUUGAGAACUUCAUGAUUGGCAGUUUACAGAAGAAAGCACAAACCUUUGCAAAGCUCAGUGGUUUUGUGGAGGUAAAAGCCUAUUGAAGUAUUUGCACUAAAAGGAGCAACAGCCAAGGGACUAUCUGUGAGCAGUUUCUGUAGACUCUGGGACGUCCUUUAGCUGUACUCUUGGACUUUCAAGCCUUUUUACCAUCUGGAACCAUAUGAGGGAUUUUGUUCUUUUAAAGGACAAGGCCUCUGUGAAUGAAUGAGCCCCAGAGAAAGGUGGUGGUGACUGUGGGGAAUUGCCCAGCAAACCUGAAGCCCACAGUUUCUUGGCCGUAGGAGCAGGCUUGCCCCAAUAUAGUGCAGACAAGUGGGUCUCCCCCUUUCACCCCAUGUCCUCAGCCUCUGUUAAACAUACUGGAUGUGGAGUUUACUAAAUGAUCUACUGUGAUCCGACCACUUACAUUAUGGUCAUGCCACUGUGCCCUCUUCCUGGGGAAGAGAAAGGGGUCCACUUGGAAGAUCAGAGGGAGAAACCAUUAAGGAUCAGGACUGCAUAAAGGGAGAAAAUCCUUCAAUACUUAAAAACGUUUCUUAUGGUACCCAAAGAAUACUUUGUGGUUAUUGCUGGUCACACCUGAAGCAAGCUGACCAUCUGUUGACAAUGCCUUUUUGGUAGGUUUCUCUGAUGCUGCUGAAGUCAAGCCUUAAGUGUGUUUUGGGGAUGCUGGGUUGCUCUUCUCAUGUCAGCCACCCGUGUGUGUGUGUUUAGGAUCCUAUAAAUCUUUGCUUUCCAAGUAGUGGUGGUUUCCUUUGGUGAAUGAAGUACUUGUCUUCCACUGUACCAUCUGCCUAGCAGAAAGACUGCUACAGACUUUUUCUUAUGCAGUAGUCCUUGGUACUUGUAAAAUUUUUAGCAAGGAAAAAUUUUCUAUACAAGAAUCUUCCACUGCCAGAAGACACAACGCUGUUAAGUUUCUCUGUAAGAGUGACCAUCUGCUUAAUAGACUAUUUCCUUUGGGUAGGAUGUUAGCUUUUUUAAUUAUAAAAUUCAACUUAUAUAAGCAAAAAUAUGACAUCUUGAAGCACAGUUUUAACCAGGAUGUUUAAAAAUUGUUUUGUGAGGUUUAAGGUCUCUUUAAAUUAGGUAAGUAGGUUUAUAUGACAACUUCAUUUUAGCCAUAUAUUGGUAUCCUGUAUUUUAAAAAGCAUUUCCUCAAAUAAGAAAUGGAUAAUGGAGACUUUUGCUUGAGGCACCUGUUUGGAAAAUGGUUUUCUCAUCAGAAGCUUGAAAAGUAUGCCAUUUUGUAUUAAACAUUACAAAGGUGAUGCAGGCUGUGAGUGAGAACUAAGCUUCACUUAAUGCUGAAGAAAAUUCAGUAUGUUCUUCCGGAUGUUUGUUGUGACUAAUACAAACUUUUUGCAAAAUCAGCUACAUUUAAUCCUGUUUCUAAUGGAUAGUUAUUCCCACUUCAGUUGGCACAAAGCUUUUCACUGUAGUAUCAGCAGCAGGUCAAAAACUGGUUGAACAGAGACCUUUAGGGGUUGUGACUAUUUCUAUCGGGCCUGUGACUUGUCACUACUCUAACCUUCCUGAUGGCAUCUUUUACUUAUAGAAAAAUCAUACUUUUAAGAGCAAAGCUUUAAAACCACAGCUAGUCUGUUCUAGUUAUGGAUGCAACUAAAAUCCGCUGUUUCUUCAGAUGGUGCCACUAACAAGAUGCUGUGUUACAGAACUCACAAACUCAUCCUGUUGUGAUCCUAUGGUCUGCGUGAUUUUGACGGUUUGAGUUGUUAGGGCUUCUGAGACUUUUCAUAUGAUUACAUUUCUGGGUCUGAUGUUAGACUAGAGGAAGCCCAGGAAAAUUUAUUUAAUAUUAAAUUUCAUAUUUAAUGUAACUCAGCAACGUUAGAGGGGAUUUCUGAAGCCAACUCUGGAGGCUGUGGGCUAAACGUUUUGCACUGUUUUUAUACUUGUAUUCAUAUCCUCUUACCACCUCAGACUCAGACACAAGGCCUUUUAAGUGGAGGUUUAAAAAAUGACUGCCAUUCAUGUAAAAUAAUGUACUGUGACCAAGUUGUUUAAAGGGAAAAUAAAGUGCUUUCUUUAAGGAAAA